AUGUCUCGACCUAGAACUUUAAGUGCUUCGAAAUUUUCUACUUUUUCUAAGCCCAGGCAGGUUGUGUAUUCCAAUAUAAAAACCAACCCAAUCUAUGCAGCAAGCUUAACAUUCAUGCGCCCGCCCAAAACCCGGAGCAAAAAUAUCUCUCAAGAAUCUCCACAAAAAGAAGUUCAAUUAUGAGAGCUAACUCAAGAAGUCAAAAAGCUAGAAGAGCAGCACAAAUCCUUUGUGAAAAAUUUUGAAACUCAAAAUGAGAGCUCAUCAAUACUGAGAACGAAUGGAGAGCUUGAUGAAAUUAAAAGAGAAAGAGAUGAGCUAUAUGAGUUAAAAAUUAAAGAUCAAAAACAUAUAGAAAAUCUGGAAGAACAAAUAAAGAAGAUGACGGAGUCGUAUGAAAAUGAAGUUAAAAACAUGAAUGAGUACAUUGCGCUUCUCAGAAGAAAAUUUGAGAAGAAUUCGGGCUCGUUAUCGAACUCUCCUCAGAUUUCUAGGGUAGAUAAAAGUAAUAAUUUUGAAGAAUUGUAUUUAAGAGAAAAAGAAAAGUCAGGGCUUCUUCAAGAUACUUUGAAAAAUAAAGAAAAAGAGUAUGAAAGCAUCCAUAGAAGAAAUAGCUCAGAGUCAGUAGCCUCGAGAAUUGAACAAUUGACAUAUGAAAAUAACAGCUACCGAAGUGCACUUGCAGAGGCUGAAAGUGAUAUCAAAAGACUGUAUAUGGAAAUAAAACACCAAAAUGAACAAAUUUUCCAGCAAAAACAAAAAAUUGAAAUAUAUGAAAGCAAAAAAGAUAUGAUGCACUCUUACGAAUUUGAAGAUUUAAAAUUCAUAAAUAAAAUGGCAUUCGGUUCGAGAGAAAUUGGCUCUGCCAAUUUUCUCUCCCUCAUGGAAUUUUAUUUAUGGGGUUGGGUUUUCUCUCGAGAACUUCUGCACAGCAAUAGUCGUUUAACUUUGGGGAUAACCAAAGGCACGACUCCUCAGUGCACUCAAGAUUUCGGAGUUUUACCUCUCAGCACGUCCCCACGGGAGGAUGACCCUUAGGCGGAACACGCGCAGGAGCUGAGUCUGGACGAGCGACGGCAACGCGCCGGGUGAGAUGUGCGGCGAUUUAUCUGGCGACUAGCCUUAUAGAAGGCUUGGGUGUGGGCUGACCACAUAUUCCAAGAUGGCUUGGUGACGUCACUAGUUGUCGCUUUGACCCUUUUUCAUUAAGGGGUGUGGGCACUAGACACCUUAAAAACUAUGUAACUAAGUAAGUAAGAAGAUUUAAAAUUCAAGUUGAAAAAAUGCAGUGAGGAAAAAAAGGAAUUAGAAGAUUAGAUUAGAUUAGAUUAAAUUAUAGCGGGUCUUCGGGGUUUAUUUCAGCCCCUCUCCGUCCAACGGAUAGCUUCGCGUUGGCGCUAAGCGCUAUCCUCACACCACCUUUUUCUCCUCUGGUGUCCCCAAAAAAAUGGUGACAUCAUCAGGUCUAUCGGGGAGAAACCCUACCGUUCGGACAUGCCUUUCUUGGUCCCAAAGUUCAGCAAAAGACUCCCUUAACCUCCGACAGGGCUCAGAGUAUGGGGGAAUCGUCUUUUGCCUCCUCCAUGGCCUGUCAGAAUCUUAUCGCAGGUUCAAGAAUGCUCCCAUGGAGUGGUAUUGGGACUCUGCGCCGGUAGGGACCUCUGCAGGUAAGGAAAAAAGAUCUAAGGUUAUCCUUAGACCAAAAAAACCCCACCCCGGAGAACUAUCGCCAUGUGGCUCGCCUUUCCUGGCCCGGAUCAACUCACGGGUUGUCAGGAGUCCACGUCAGAUCACGCCAUUUUAAUAAUUUUGGAAAUUCUGGAAUUAGAAGAAGAGUGGAAGAAAAAUCAGCUAAAAUCGAAUGAUUUAAUCCUUCAUUUGAUAAACUUUUGAAUAAUAAAUUAUUAGAAAAACAUUUAUUUGUUUUAUUUAAAAUAAAUUAAAUUCGUUUUGUGGGUUAGAAAAAAUUAUAUCUGAAUUAGGUAAAAGCUUAUUGACCAUGACUAGAGAAUUAGAAAGUAGAAACUCUGAAUAUCAAAAUUUAGAAAGUGAAUUUGAGAGAUUAAAAGAAAAUAUAAACCCAGCUGAAAACACUGAAAAGGCUAAAGAAACCAAAGAAGAAUGCAUGCUAAUGAUUAAAACAGCAGCGAAUGAAAUGAAUCAGCAAAUAAGUGAUAUAAUGUAUAAGGUUGAGCAAACAGAAAAUGAACUAAACAAAAUUAUUAAUUUUGUUAAAGGGUUUGGAUCAAGAAUAGAUCGACUUAUCUUAUCUUAUACGGAUAAAUCCACUACAGAGAGCCAACUCAGAAACUCGCCAUCUCUACACGAGUUGGGCCCACAGGCUGCUGGGUCAACUUGCUUUAAGUACCAAGACUCGCUAGGAGACGAUGUUAACACCUUCGACAGCUCAUGAGUGAGCGGCCUCUAUCUUCCUUGAUGCCUUAUGACGAUUAGGCAGGCAUCUUCGCCGCCACAGGACGAAAGUGGACCUUUCAGAUUCCCUUGGGGGGUAAGAGGGCAAGUGCCUCCCUCCCAUCGCUUACUGCUUUGAAGAAUCAGGAUUUCAUGUAAAAUCAAGCCUCAUAAUCACAAAAUCCAGAGUGAGUGAUGCUGAUAGGCUAAUCGGUACUUUGCGAAUGUCGUCAUUUUAUGAUUGUAGAUCAAGAAUAGAUCAAAAUAUCAAAAAUAAAUCUAUUAAAAAUGAAGAAGCGUUAAAAAGAGAAGUCCAAAGGCUUAGCAAAGAAAAAGAAGAUUUAAAGCAGAAAUUAGAAGCAGAAAGCGCAAAAAGGCUAAAGGAGAUUGCAAGCUAUGAAGAUGAAACAAAUAAAUUACGAUCAUCUUUAAGAGAAAAAGCAAAAGACUAUGAGUCACAAGUUUUAAAUCAUCAAAAAAAAAUCCAUAAUCUAGAACAACAAAAUAAAAAGAUCAAAAGUAGUGGAGGUCUAGAAAACGAAAAAUUGAAGCUUGAACAAGACAAUAAGCAGCUGAUAGCUGACUUAGAAAGUCUCAAUAUAGAAUAUGAAAGCCUGUAUAAAAUUAAUGAAGAAAAUAAGGAUGAGAUUGGAACCCUAAAAAGUAUGAUUGCAAUUUUAGAAAAAAAGCUUAAAGAUGCACAAGUAGAAUUAAAACCAAAGACAGUUUUUGAGUCAAAGCAAGAUGAAAUAUUAAAAAAUAUUACUGGAGACAACAAUAAAAGAAUAAAAUCUUUGGAAGAGGAAAAUAAGCAGCUAAAUAGCCAAAUCCAAGCUUUAAACUUAGAGUUGGAUAAAGCUUCCAUUAACAUUGACGAAUUAAAUGAAAAGUUGAAAGAGUCCAAUGAAAGAUUUGCUGAGAAAGCAAUUGAAGUUGAAGAAAUAAACAAGCUAUACGACGGCUUAGCGAUAAAGACUGAAGAAGUAUUAAAGGAGCAGCUCAAAGUGAAAACUGAUUCGCAGAAAAUUAAAGUAGUUUAUAUUUAGAAUGACUUCGAAGAUGAAAAAAUUAAGUUGCAAAUUGCACUUGACAAUGUCGUUGAUGAAAAAAAUCAGCAAAUUAUAAUCCUUCAAAAUGCCAUUAAAGAUCAGCAAGAAGCUUUUGAACAAAAAUUGAGUGAAUUGAAAUGGGAAAACGGACAAGAAAAUCUUAUUAUAGCGUGAGUACGCUUUUAGCGUGCCCUAACGUUUCUUCCUCUUCAGAAUCGGGAGAUUUGAAGGUAAAAGGUAAAACCUAAGCUGACAAAGCCAGACCCUCAUGCCUUGAUUUGUCAACUUGGAUUUGACUUGCCACCUUCUUGUGACGAGUCAAUCCUCCAAAUUGGUAAGGAGGAAGAAGCGUUAGGGUAGCUAAAAGCGCACCCACGCUAUACUGAAUUAGAAGAAAAAAUUAAAACUUUAAAAAAUGAGUAUUUCGAUCUUAUGCAGAGAAAUGAAAAAGAAUUGAAAGAAUCAUUUACAAAAGAAAUCAGUAAAUUAAAAGCAAGCUACGAGGCAAGCUAUGAUAAAUUAAUGGAGAAUUAUUUGGAUUUAAAAAAGAAAUAUGAUAAAAAUGUCGAUGAUCUGAAAACUUUAGAAAACUUACGAGAAACUUUAUCUGCAACUCAAUAUAAAUUGUGAGACAGAGAAAAAGAAAUCGAUAAGCUUAAAGAAGAAUUAUUUGAAGUAGACGAAAAAAUGGAAGAUUUAGAAAAAUAUCAGUCAGAUCAGUUGCAAGAAGUAAUUGAAUAUGAAAAAAUAUUAAAAUCCAAAGAAAAAGAAAUAUUUGAGCUUCACAUUGAAUUAGAUGCUCUUAAGCAAAAAGAAAAUUCAAACUCAAUAAUAGAUGAGUAUACUGAUAACACGAAAUUAGCAGAGAUUAAUAUUCAAUUAGAUGACUUAACAAAAGAAAAUAUUAGUCUUAAAGAGCAGCUCAAAAAGCAAUUUUCUGAGACUGAAAUAGCGAAUUUGCAUUCACAAAUUUCUAAUUUGCGGCAAAAUUUAGAAAAAACUCAAAAAGAUUUAUUAAGAAAAUCAGAACUGGAGGAGGAAUUAAAAAUUUUACAAGAAAAAUGCAAGAAUAAAGGGCAAAAAUUAACUGCACUUAAAAAUGCUUGUAGCGAGCUUGAAGUUGUAAAUUCUUCAUUAAGGACAAGCAAAAUUUUAUUUGAAAAUGAAGCAGCCAAAAAAGAAAAAAUUAUAAAGGACAUGCAAAGAGAAUUUGGAUCACAAAAUGUUGAGGUAAAUAAAGCCAAACAAAGAGCAGAUCAAUUUGAAGCGCUUUAUAAUUCAUUAUAUACAGAAAUGGAAGAAAAAAAUAAGAGGAUAGAAAUAUUGGAGAGAGAUUUACAGUCGAUUGGAAAUAAAGGGCUUUUCAAAGGAGGAAAGCUUAAAAUGGAGGCAAAUGAAAGUGUUUCAAUUUUGGGCAAAAAAAUGAAUGAAAACGAAGAAAAUGAAAAAUUAAAGCAAAAAGUAAACUUAUUAACUGAUGAUAUUGAUAUCUUGCUUGACAAUGAGGAGAAAUAUAAACUUAUUAUAGAGGACUUAAAACAAAGGCAGGGCACAGAAUUUAAUGCUGAAGAUGCUAAAGUUCAAUUUGAAAACUUGGAAGCACAGCUGGAAGAUUUGCAAUAUAGAUAUGAUCAGCUUUUGGAAGAGCAUGAAGAACUGAUAAAAAAUGAAAAAAAUAAACAAGACACAAGCCAAGAAGAAACGUCUAUGCAAAUUCAAAUAUUGUCUGAGCAGUUAGAUCAAAUUAUCCGUGAGAAAAAUGAUUUAGAGUUAGAAAUUGACACUUUAAGAGAGCUUCACGGAAAAGAUGAAAAAGUCAAGCAUUAUCAGCAGCAAGCUGAAAAUCUAGCAAAAAUAUGUACAGAAUUGGAAGUAAUUUUUAUUUAGAAAGAAAGAGAAGAACCAAAUAAAGUGUAUAAAGAGAAUCUAAAAAAAAUUGAAGAGAAAUAUGAAGAAUUUCUUAAGCAAAGGCUAGAUGAAAUAGCUGAUCAAUUUGAUGAACUUCAAGAAAAGGCAAAUAAUUAUGCAAUAGAAAAUGAAGAUCUUAGGACUGAGCUGGAAGCUGAGAAAGAAAAAAAUGUUAUUUUAGAGCAAGAGCUUUAUAAAUAUUCUCAAAAAAAUAAAAAUAAUUAA